GAUUCCACCUACAAGAUAGUGAUGGCGACUCUGGGAUCGUGGCUGUUGGUAGAAAGGAAGGAAGGAUCGGAUCCACCUGUUCCACGGAGACGGACUAUAGUCAGGAUUACUGUCAGAAAAAGCCUAGAUUCAACGCUGGCAGUAAUUCACAGGAAUUUUUGAAUAAAUGUAUCCUAAAGUCUUCGCUGAAAGCAUCCUCAGCUUCUAACAUACACAUCACCAGUGGACCAAUUAAAGGAGAUCACAGUAUAUUCCCGGGAUCCUCGACGUCACCAAGCAGAGCUCCGGCGUUGUCCGUCCAUUCGACGUCCUUGAAAGAUUUGUCUGGUGGAAGAGUUCGGUUUGAUGAAGAACUACAAUUAACUGAACAUAACCUCCGCCGAUCGUGUAGAAAGCUUUUUGCCACAUUAUAUGCCCAGAAAGCCGCAGCUACAAGGCUUAGAUCCAAUGAUUCAGAUGCUACUAGUGCUGGAUUAAACCGCCCUUGCUGUCCAGAUGAGGCGCCCAGUCAUUCGAAGAUGGAUCGUUCUUACCCAAUCCACAGUGAUCCACGCCUGUGUGUCUUAAAGUCUGCCAGUCCUUCCAAUACUGCGUUAAGACGUCAGAAUGUCCAGAAACAAUGUAGAUACUUUCACGGACACAGUCUCAGUGUCUCACCUAACAUUACUCUUGUCCCAUGUCUUCACGACAGAAACUUGACCAAAGACAGGUUGGCCUCAGGAAAAGAAAAUGCUGAAGCAAAAAAUAACAUUUGUCAGUCAGAUGAUGAUAUUUCGACAAAGACUGUCCACAAAGCGCUCCAGAACAAUGGCUCCAGUUUAACGACUGUCCACAAAGUGCCCCAGAACAAUGGCUCCGGGUUAACGACUGUCCACAAAGUGCCCCAGAACAAUGGCUCCAGUUUAACGACUGUCCACAAAGUGCCCCAGAACAAUGGCUCCAGUUUAACGACUGUCCACAAAGCGCUCCAGAACAAUGGCUCCAGUUUAACGACUGUCCACAAAGUGCCCCAGAACAAUGGCUCCAGUUCUAGUCACAUUUCCAGUAGUGAAGCUCGUACAAACCUGCAGCUGUUCAAGAGCAGAAGCUGUACGACUCUGCCAAGCGAAACCACUUUAAGUUCUGUGAAUCUCCCUCCUCUGGGAUCUACACUCCAUCCUCGAGAGGAUCAGCUUCAGUCUCUAGAUCCCUCUCUACUGGAUAAUGGUGAGCUUGUGUCCAAAGAGAAGAGACCGAGCUGUAGUUCUUCUGGGAUCAAGAAGGUUCAUCUCGACAAAGCUUCUGAUUGUGUUUUGUACAGUGAUGAUAUGAUCAGAGUGUAUGCCCGUUUGGCUUCUGUGGUUCCCGAAGGGAUCAAAGUUUAUCAAGAGUCGAUAGCCUCAGUCGCCGAUAUUAACGCAAGUAUAUCUGAAAGGAACGCAGGGUAUCCAUUUAAUAUAAAACCAUGUUAUUCACAGAUGUCAGAGUGUGUGGAAUCUGACAACAGUCAAUUAUUCAGUGAUUGUGAGCCUGUCAACAGCGAUACUCCCACUUCAUCUGUUUGUAGAACCAUCCAAGAAACAACAACGAACGCGAAACGCAGCAGUACAGCGCAAAGUGUCUCGAGGGACUGUACCUCCCCCAAAAAGGAAGAAAUACCAGACGGGGAACUCAACAAUCCAAUACGUAACGUGAGACUGUCUCGCCCUGUGACAGAUCAAGGUACGUGUGUAGCUGGUGUGGUUAUCUCUGUGACAGAUCAAGGUACGUGUGUAGCUGGUGUGGUUAUCUCUGUGACAGAUCAAGGUACGUGUGUAGCUGGUGUGGUUAUCUCUGUGACAGAUCAAGGUACGUGUGUAGCUGGUGUGGUUAUCUCUGUGACAGAUCAAGGUACGUGUGUAGCUGGUGUGGUUGUCUCUGUGACAGAUCAAGGUACGUGUGUAGCUGGUGUGGUUAUCUCUGUGACAUAUCAAGGUUCAAGAGUUAGCAAACAAGGCCAAGCUGAAACCCCAGAAUACGCUGUUAUUGAUAAAAGCAAAAAAUCUCAACGUCCUGAGAAGUCUGCAUCACUUCCUAGAGUAGUUAGUAACCCUUGUAUCGUGAACGACACAGAUGGUCCCUUCUGUGAAGAGCAGAAGCCACCAAUUCCUCCUAAAAAGUUCAUGUACAGGAGUGACUUUGCUCUUUACAGAGGACCAUCGUCAUCAAAAAAGUCCCUUUUCGAGCGUGUUCAAGGUUUCACAAGAUCUGCCAAAAGCGUUCUUCAGAAGGCGUUUAGCUCAGAUCGCAUAUAUAAGCCAGAAAAGGAGGAACCAGUUCACAGAUCACGACGUUCACCGUCUUUCAUUAAAGGCCUCAAGAAGCUCUGUUGCUGUCCUGGACAUUUGUUGGAGAGUUCUCUGCUCUCUACGUUACGUUGGUGUGGGUUUUGGAGCCUGUUGCUGUCCUGGACAGUUCUUGGAGAGUUCUCUGCUCUCUACGUUACGUUGGUGUGGGUUUUGGAGCCUGUUGCUGUCCUGGACAGUUGUUGGAGAGUAACUCUGCAGCAGAUUAGGUCGGUAGGUUGGUUUUGGAGCUUGUUGCUGUCCUGGAUAGUUGUUGGAGAUUUCUCUGCUCUCUACGUUGAUGUGGGGCUUCGGAGCCUGUUGCUGUCCUGGACGGUUGUUGGAGAGUUCUCUGCUCUCUACGUUACGUUGGUGUGGGUUUUGGAGCCUGUUGCUGUCCUAGACAGUUGUUGGAGAGUUCUCUGCUCUCUACGUUACGUUGGUGUGGGUUUUGGAGCUUGUUGCUGUCCUGGACAGUUGUUGGAGAGAGUUUUUGUAUCACGGAUGAAAGAUCACGAGACGCAGAAACUUCUCUCAGGAUUGACCGAUAUUGGAGACGAAAUUCUAGAGAUAGAUGGCGUUUGUGUGAAAGAAAAAGACAUCAUGGAAGUUAAUAGUUUGAUGGCCAAAAAGAGCACCAUAUUGUUGACAAUCAUGCCAUAUUCAAGUCGUCAGGAUAUCCAGUAA